UUUCAUUCCGAGCCUCAAGUGUCAUGUUGCGUCCGUCUUCCUUGGCAUUGCUGGUGCUUGCCGCCACCGCCGCGAACCCGUCCAAUGCGAAUGCGUAUCCUGCGUACUGCGCCAAGGACAUGUCCGCCAACAAGAUCCAGCCUCUCGAGCCAUCGACGGCCCGCACCUUGCAGCUCGUCCAAGUGCAGGUGGUGGUGCGCCAUGGAGCGCGCACGCCGUGGUCGGGCAAGAAAUGCUGGGACGGCUACGACGAGGAAUGGAACUGUAGCAUCCGCGAACUCCAACGACCGGAAAUCGUCGGCAACAAGACGUGGGCGGCGUCGCGCGAGUUCGAAAAAAUUUACACCCGCGGCGACAACACGUUUCGCGGCACGUGCAACUUGGGCCAAAUGAUCGACGAAGGAUACUCCCAGCAAGUGUCUAACGGCCAGCACCUUCGCGAAGCGUACGUGGGCCCCCAAGGCUUGUUCAAGUCGACGGAGGGAUUGAACUUUACCAACACCUCUGAUGUUUACUUUGAGAGCAGCGACAUUCCCCGCACCAUCAACUCGGGCAUGAUCAUCAUGGACACGCUGUUCACAUCGACCAAUGCAUCGUCGUCUUCGAUUGCGAGCCCCUCGAAGCCGCCGCCUGUGCCUUGGCACACCAACGACUACGCCCGCAACACCAUCACCCCCAACCCCUCAAUGUGCCCCAAGUUGAACUGGAUCGACGCCCACUGGCGCCAGUCACCCGAGUACGUCCGUUGGACUCGAAGCGCGGCCAACACCAAGCUGGAGCAAGACAUUCGGCGCGUGGUCACCAACUACGACCAUGUGACGCUGUACGACUGCUUUAUGACAGCCAAGUGCACGGACCGCGCCCUUCCCGCGGGUAUUGACGACGAUCUGUUUGUCCGCUCGACGUCGCGGGAAGAGUCGGUGCAGAUCCAGCAGUACCUGUACAACCACAGCGCGUACGCCCAAGCGGGCAUGGCGGCGUACACCAAACGCCUCCGCGACCGCGCCGUGGCGGUGACCCUCGGCCGCGGCCCUCGCUUUGUCUUGUCCGCUGCUCACGACACAACCAUCAUGCCGCUCCUGGCCGCGUUGGGCGGCAGCGCCUGGCUCACCGAGUGGGUGCCGUACGCGAGUCACAUGAUAUUCGAGGUGUACGCGAACGCGACGUCCCACUACGUGCGGGUGUUGUACCAAGGCCAGCCGCUGGCCAUCCCUGGCUGUGCUACGGAGGUGUGCCCUUUUGAAGCCCUGCUGGCGUUGACUGCGUUUUCGAUUGACGAGUCGAUUUGCGACGAGCCUUCGACGGCCGGGCAGCAGAAGCAGCAGCAACCCAUUGCCACGCUCCCUGGUACCUACGACUUGGACUGGGGUAUGUAUAUGGGUGGUGCACAACUGAAAUUGGCCUUGUUGUAUAUAGCGCCGGAAUCGGUUUCGUCGUCGGGGUGGACAUACGCGUAUGUGGUGGGCGGGGUGCUUGCCGGCACGGCGCUGGGGUAUUUCGCAGGAGCGCGCUCGGCGGACCGUCAAGGGUACACUGCGCUGGGUGACAAGUCCUUAAGCUAAACCUUUGCUCAGUUGAGUGGAUAGCUAUAACUCGACUCCAUCAUUCGAACCAAGUAAAUGUUUGGAGAUGAACCGUGUUAUUAACAAGGGUUACAUGUUUCACUGGCGAAAACUGGACGGGCCAGUGUGCCUGUAUUGACGGGAUUCUGAGCGAUUAUGACGAUAAAGCGCUGCUGGAACACGUAGUUAUGCCGUGAAUAAAAUACACUGAC